AUGGUUGCCUUCUCUCAAGUCACGAUGCUGGCGGCGCUUGGCUUCGCUAUCCCAGCUUUGGCCCACCCAGGUCAUGAGCACGAAGUUACGAACAAGGCCGUGAAGCGUAGCUUUUUGGCAAACUCACGUCGCUCGCUUGACGAUUGCGCUGCCCAUUUGGAAGCCAGAGGCACCCUGAAAACGGCAGCGAACCACCGCAGAGCGCUGUUGAAUGACUUGCGUAAAAAGGCCCUCGGUGACGGCCUCGAACGUCGCGAUGCUGAUACUGUGCUCAACACGACCCAUCACUCAAACGUAACCGGCAUCACGACUGAUACCGACGCUUCCACUCUCUUCUCGAACGACACCUGCAUCCUCUCCCCUGAGGGCGAGAUUGGCCCUUUCUGGGUCAAGGGUGAACUCAACCGUGAGGACAUCGUCGACAACGAGCCUGGUGUCGUAAACUACAUGCACGCUCAGUUCAUCGAUAUCAACACUUGCGAGCCCAUCCCACAGCUUUGGUGGGACGUGUGGAACUGCAACUCCACUGGUGUCUACUCUGGAGUCCAGGACGACAGCAACGGAAACGGCGACGACGCGACAAACCUUGACAAGACCGCCCUGCGCGGCAUCCAGCAGACAGACGAGAACGGUAUUGCUUCCUUCCGCUCCGUCUUCCCUGGCCACUACAGCGGCCGCGCAACGCACGUCCAUGUCGUUGGCCACGUCAACGCAUCGCUCCUGAGCAACGGUACCAUCACCGGUGGCAGCGUGUCCCACAUUGGACAGCUGUUCUUCGAUCAGGAUCUCAUCACGGAGGUCGAGUCCACGUACCCUUACAACACCAGCACCGUCGACAUCACCCUCAACUCUGUCGACCAUGUCUUUACCGUUGAAACAGAGGACAGCAACUCCGACCCCGUAUUCGACUAUGUCUACCUCGACGACUCUGUCGGCGCCGAGAGCGGUCUCUUCUCCUGGGUCACCAUUGGUGUCGACCCAACUGCGUCCUACAACACCAGCUAUGCUUCGCUCCUCACCGCCGACGGAGGCGUCAAGAAUGAGGACUCCGCCGGUGGACCCAGCGGUGACGCUCCAAGCGGUAGCUUCUCUGGAUCAAUGACUGGUGCUGCGCCUACCGGCGCACCGACCUCCUCCGCUUAG